GGUUAGGAUCAUCAGAGUCUCCUGGUGGAAAACAGAGAGCCGAGACCUGCUGCCAGGAGACCCCAUCCUGUGGGAUGUGAUGCCCAUUAGAAAGACUGUUCUGCUUGUGGGUCAUGUCCAUCCUCCCUUCACAGCCAUCCUGCUUCAGGUCGUGACCCUUCCUCUUUUUAGGUGUCUGACUUUAUCUUCCCGUGAUACCCUCCCCAACAUCGUGGUCACCUUCUCCUACAAUCCAGCUUUUCAAUUUCUUUCUAAAAUCCCAGACACAGAGGGGAAAACAGGACUCUGGAGGUGGGAUGUGACUUUCAGGGAGCAGGAGUACACUCACCAUGAUAGGGAUAUGUGUUUCAUCCUCCUCCCCCUUAUAGAAGGCCCCUUAAUCAUUUGCUGGAACACCGACUUGAUCCCCCUUUUCCAGCAAAAGCUUUUCUUAGUUGAAGAGCCAAAUGGGAAAAAAAAAAAAACCUUUUUCUGCAUGCUGUUUUCCUUUCCAAACCCUCUGCUUGCAAUGUAGAUUACCAGGGACCCUGACCAUUACAGAUGCAGGUUUACUGGACAAUAGACAAGAUUCUAAAACCCCAAAGCCAAAGAGCCUGUAGGUUUUGAUUUCCAGCCCAGGUCGGCAUGCUUGAAGUGGUCUGAACUAGUCAAGCUGCAGCAUCAGCCAAAGGCCUUGAUAUCAGACUUCUGACGACAGAGUGGAGUUGGAGGUAGCGGACGCAUCCUUUUGGGCUUCUUGGGGUGAAUCCUUUGCCGGGACACACAGAGGCAAAGGCACAGGAGGCAUCCCUGCCUUGCACCGCAGCUAGGGAGGGUCAGCGUCCGCAGCGGCUGACCUGACCUGGCCCCCUGGACAAUCUGUGGGCCGCCAUGCGGCUGCGCGCCCUGACCUCUGGGCCUCCUGGAGGGUGCGCGCGCGGGAGUCGGGCGCGCCGGCACCGGCGCCAGCCAGAAGAGUUAACUGCCAGUCUGCACAGCUUCAAGAACAAGGCCUUUAAAAAAGCCAAAGUCUGUGGGAUUUGCAAGCAAAUUAUUGACGGUCAAGGAAUUUCAUGCCGAGCCUGCAAGUAUUCCUGCCACAAGAAAUGUGAAGCCAAGGUACUGGAGGUUUCCUCAGUGUCCACGUCUCUCUGCUGUGAUAAGCCAUCCAGGCCACCAGCGCUGAGCCCCACCAUGGAGGACCACGAGCUGGACCUUACCUACAUCACUGAGCGCAUCAUCGCCGUGUCCUUCCCAGCUGGGUGCUCUGAGGAGUCCUACCUGCACAACCUGGAGGAGGUGACGCGCAUGCUGAGGUCCAAACAUGGGGACAACUACCUGGUAUUAAACCUUUCAGAAAAGAGAUUUGACCUGACAAAGCUCAACCCAAAGAUUUUGGAUGUAGGCUGGCCUGAGCUGCACGCACCACCCCUGGACAAGCUGUGCACCAUCUGCAAGGCCCAGGAAUCCUGGCUGAACAGUGAUCCCCAGCAUGUCGUGGUCAUUCACUGCAGGGGUGGAAAGGGACGCAUCGGAGUGGUCAUAUCAUCCUACAUGCACUUCACCAAUGUCUCGGCCAGCGCUGACCAGGCCCUUGACAGAUUUGCAAUGAAGAAGUUUUAUGAUGAUAAAGUUUCAACUUUAAUGCAGCCUUCCCAGAAACGGUACGUGCAAUUUCUCAGUGGCCUCCUGUCAGGAACGGUGAAAAUGAAUGCCUCCCCACUGUUCCUGCAUUUUGUCAUCCUCCAUGGCACCCCUAACUUCGACACUGGUGGAGUGUGUCGGCCCUUUCUGAAGCUCUACCAAGCCAUGCAGCCCAUGUACACGUCGGGGGUCUACAAUGUUGGCCCAGAAAACCAAAACAGGAUCUACAUUGCCAUAGAGCCGGCCCAGCUCCUCAAAGGGGACAUCAUGGUGAAGUGCUACCAUAAGAAGUACCGCUCCGCCACCCGUGAUGUCGUUUUUCGCCUACAAUUUCAUACCGGCGCUGUUCAGGGCUAUAGCCUUGUGUUUGGAAAGGAGGAGCUGGACAGUGCCAGCAAAGAUGACCGUUUUCCUAAUAAUGGGAAAAUUGAGUUGGUCUUUUCCGCUACUCCUGAGAAGAUUCAAGGAUGUGAGCACUUGUGCAAUGACCGUGGGGUGAUCGUGGACUUCAAUACUGCAGACCCGCUGAUCCGCUGGGACUCCUAUGAGAACCUGAGUGCAGAUGGAGAAGUGCUACACACGCAGGGCCCUGUUGACGGCAGUCUUUACGCCAAGGUGAGGAAGAAGAGCACUUCAGACCCUGGAAUCCCAGGGGGGCCCUUGGCUGCCCCCGCUGCCAGCAGCCCAGACCACGGUGACCAUACCCUGUCAGUCAGCAGUGACUCAGGCCACUCCACUGCCUCAGUCAAGACGGACAGGACCGAAGAGCGCCUGACUCCUGGACCCAAGAGGGUCCUGAGUCCCCAGGAGAAAGCUGAAUUGGACCAGCUGCUCAGUGGCUUUGGCCUAGACGAUUCUGGAAGCCCCCUCAAGGAUAUGACUGAUGCUCGCAGAAAGUAUAGCGGGACUCGCCACAUAGUGCCAGCUCAGGUCCACGUGAACGGAGACGCCACCCCCAAGGACCGGGAGACAGACAUCCUGGAUGACGAGAUGCCCAGCCAUGACCUGCACAGCGUGGACAGCAUUGGGACCCUAUCCUCCUCGGAGGGACACCAGUCAGCCCAUCUGGGCCCCUUGACCUGCCACAAAAGCAGUCAGAACUCCCUCCUGUCAGACGGAUUUGGCAGCAAUGGUGGAGAAGAUCCCCACGGGACCAUUGCCUCAGACUUGGGACUGGGUGUGGAGCCCCUGUUUGAGCGGGAGCGGGCUUUUGGGAGCCGUGAGCCCAAACAGCCCCAUCCAGUUCUGAGGAAGCCCUCUGUUUCCUCUCAGACACAGGCCUAUGGGCAGAGCAGCUACUCCACACAGACCUGGGUGCGCCAGCAACAGAUGGUGGCAGCCCACCAGUACAGCUUUGCCCCAGACGGCGAGGUCAGGCUAGUCAGUCGAGGCCCUGCAGACCUUUCUGGCCUGGUGCAUGCCCAGCUCAGGGUCCCAGUCACCCUCCCUCAGGGGACCAGCAGCAGGGUGACCGUCCAGAGGGGUGUUGGCCCUGGGCCACAUCCCCCCGACACACAGCGACCCCCUCCUAGCAAAUCGUGCAAACCCAGGUUUCCAGACAUCAAAGUAGUGAAUGGGACUGGCCUGGAAAUGAACUCAGAUCACUCUCCAGACUCUCCCACCCUGGACAUCGACCAGUCCAUUGAGCAGCUCAACAGGCUAAUCUUGGAACUGGACCCCACCUUUGAGCCCAUUCCCACCCACAUGAAUACCCAGGGCAGCCUUACCAAUGGCCCUGUGCUCCCUGAUAGCAUGGGAGGUGGGCUCCAGCUGAACAGCCGCCUGCAGGACUUAGGAGAGGACUCCGGCAGGGCUCCUACACGGCAAGGCAACUUGGGUGAUGACCCACUCGGGGGGAGACUUCGAAAGCUGAGCCUUGGACAGUAUGACAACAAUUCGGGGGAGCAACCCGCCUUCUCCAAGUAUGGAUGGGGGAAGACCACCAGUGUGGACCAGACUCCGAGUCGGCCUUCUUUCCUGUCUCCAGCAGAUGCCAAAGAGGUGGUGAUCACCACAUAUCCCCCAGACCUUGAUGUCAUUGAUGGCAGGAUCUUCUCUGCAGCCAAAAGCAGCAGCGAGUCUGUGUCACCCACACCAGUAUUUCCUGUGUCUCCAGAGACAUCAUAUGUGACAACACCCUCACAGUAUUCUCUGUUCAGCUCACCCGGGACACAGAUGGGCAGUGCCAGUGGUCUAUACAAAGGAGGUCACGAACCACGAGGCUGCCCUGAGAUUCUCAGUCAAGCCGUGGGGAUGUCAGAGAGCCCUGUGGAACCCAAAUCCACCACACUGAGGGCAGACAUGACAACGACAUCCUCCUAUCAGCGGGCGUUCACGCCCUCCUGCGCCAUCUCCAGCAACAGCCCUGGACAGCAAAGAGACAGCCCUGCUUCAGCUGAGCAUCCUUGGGUGGAGGCCAGCUCCAAAGAGACUCUGGUCCUGCUGGGGAACAGCCUGCAGGCAGGAGGUGUCCUCAGCACUAGCGAGUUGGCCAGCCCUGGCACGGAUGUCGCUGGGCGGACCCGUUUCCCUCCUGCAGAGCUCCCGGACUCUUUCCACAGCCGUGAGCUGCCCCUGGCUGAACAGCCGGAAGUCCUGAGCCUCCAAAGUAAUCAAGCCUUCCUCAACUUUGGUGCUGCCCCCAUGGGAAGUGGCCUUCUCCCUGGGGACGACACAGGGCCCCUGAUGGCCAAUUCCCACAUGGCACCCCAGACAUCCGGCACAGCGAGGAUGGCAGCAGCUGCAGUCGACAACGGUUUCCUAGCUCACAACUUUCUGACAAUGGCAUCUGGACACAGCGGCCAUCACAGUCCAGUCCUGCAGAGCCAAGGGCUGACACUGCCUGGGCAGCCACCCCUUCCUGAGAAGAAGCGGGCCUCAGAGGGAGACCGUUCUCUUGGAUCAGUCUCUCCCUCCUCCAGUGGCUUCUCCAGCCCCCACAGUGGGAGCACCAUGAGCAUCCCAUUCCCAAGUGUCCUUCCAGACUUUUGCAAGACGCCAGAGGCAGCAGCACCUUCUCCAGAUAGUGCAGGUGAGAAGCAAUUGUCUGUAAACUUCGUCCAAGACACAUCCAAGUUUUGGUACAAGGCAGAUAUCUCCAGAGAACAAGCCAUCGCCAUGCUAAAGGACAAAGAGCCAGGCUCCUUCAUCGUCAGGGACAGCCACUCUUUCCGAGGCGCAUACGGCCUAGCCAUGAAAGUGGCCACCCCGCCUCCUUCGGUCCUGCAGCUGAACAAGAAAGUUGGAGAUUUGGCCAGUGAACUUGUUCGGCACUUUCUGAUUGAGUGUACCCCAAAGGGAGUACGGUUGAAAGGCUGCUCCAAUGAACCCUAUUUUGGGAGCCUGACGGCUUUGGUGUGUCAGCAUUCCAUCACACCCCUGGCUUUGCCCUGCAAACUGCUCAUUCCAGACCGAGAUCCCUUGGAGGAGAUAGUUGAAAGUUCUCCCCAAACGUCGGCCAAUUCGGCAGCUGAGCUGCUAAAGCAGGGGGCAGCCUGCAAUGUGUGGUACCUGAACUCUGUGGAGAUGGAGUCUCUCACGGGCCACCAAGCUGUGCAGAAGGCCCUGAGCCUUACGCUGGUCCAGGAGCCACCACCCUUGUCCACCAUUGUGCACUUCAAGGUGUCGGCCCAGGGGAUCACCCUGACGGACAAUCAGAGGAAGCUCUUCUUUCGGAGGCACUACCCGGUGAGCAGCGUGAUUUUCUGUGCGUUGGAUCCACAGGACAGGAAGUGGAUCACAGAUGACCCUUGCUCAAAAGUCUUUGGAUUUGUGGCCCGGAAGCAGGGCAGUGCCACGGACAACAUAUGCCACCUGUUCGCAGGGCAUGACCCCGAUCAACCCGCCAGCGCCAUUGUCAACUUCGUGUCAAAGGUCAUGAUUGGCUCCCCAAAGAAGAUGUGAACCUCACAGCCUGGAGACCCUAAGAGGGGCUGAUUGGCCCUGCUGUGUAGGAGACUGUAACGGCGACAUUCCGGCCCCCCGUCCACUUUCCCCCACAGGGAAAGGGCUCCUUCAACUUUACACACACACUGAACAAACAACCUUAUCACCAGCUAGCCUUUCCAGAAAAAAACUGCUCACUGACACACUUUUGUAGCCAAGUGUUUCCAGGUGGAAGAAGCUGGGCACCAAGUACCUGUGCCCAGUUUCUGUGUGGGAGAGGACCUUGCAAGAUCAAACCUGGCAUCCUCUGAAACUUCAUGGGUAGGAAGUGCCCAGCCCACUCUACUGACUUGCAUGACUGACCGCAGCCCCCACCCCCCAUUCCCAUGGCCAUCACCAUGGGUUCUAUCCAGCCAGUGUCCCGAGGCAGCCUGUCUUCCCAAGACAGAGAUGCUGAUGCACCUGAGAAGGGGAUGCAUGUUUGAAGAAGGUUUGAGCAGGUCGGGCUCUCCUGGAACACAGAGACGUGGACGAGGAGAUGAAGGAAUGGGCUGUGAGGACACGGAGGUUACUUGCCCAUAUGGGGGCACCCAGAGAACCCACCAAUGUGGUGACAACCCCAAGUCCCCACUCUCACAGGCUCUGGGCAGGAGAGGGAAGGUGACUUGCUGGAAGUGAAGUGCUGUUUCCAUUUAAUUUAUAUUUUACUUAUGCCAAAUUAUUUAUGAUAACAGACCACCAUUACUAUACUAUACUCGCGUCCAGUGCUGCAGUCAGCAAAGCCAGGGUUUUAGGAGGUGCAUCCAGCCACAUGUGGGCGGUUUCCAGAUUGUGGAUGACUUCCCUCUGAUGAGGAAGGUUCUAGUGGACUGUGGAAUAUUUGGGUUUAGUUCCCAGCAUCUCAUCAUGAUUACUGGUCAUCAUAGGGUCUGGUGGAGGUUGUCGAGAGAAAGUCCGACCAUUGUAAGCUCUCACCCUUCUAUCCAUCAGUCCACCUGUUGGCUCCUAUUGGGAUGCUGUGUGUUUCCAGCAUCCUGGAGAAAAUGGGGGUCAGGAGAAAGAAUGAAUCUCAGUCGUUACAUGAUAAUUUUAAGUGCCACUUAAUCUGCAUAACUCCAGCCACCUAAUCAGGCUUAUGCUUAUAUGAACAUACCCAGUGCCACAGUCUGUUGGCCCAAAUUUUUCAGUUGCCAGAUAUUUGGGAGAAGCUGAUGGCCCUGCAAGUUUCCAUGGUAAUAAACCCAUGGUGUCCCUGUCCACUGUCUGGCACUCAUCCACCUGGAAUGCCCCCUCUCUACUUUCCAAGUCAAGCACCAGUUCUUAGAUUACUCAGGAAUCACCUUCUGCUGGGUGAUCACAGUGCUUUGUGAUAUCUGUUUUAAAGUGGGGCAGAGACAGACUCAGCCUGAUCUCAGUGGGUUAUGUACGUGUGUGUGGAAAAGGAGGCGGGCGAAGCCACUGCUUAGCUCCUAUUGAUGCACCAAACACAAGUGCCUCGUUUCUGUGCCAAAUGUUUGCCUUGGUAUUCUUGACCUUCUUCCCAGACACUUGUUGGCAUGGUUGAUAAGGAGAAUAUUCAGACGUCUCCCAGAGGUCUGAUGUCCUGGCCCUUGGAGGAGACACAGCAGGCCUCUGGUAAAGGGGGUGCAUGGGUUUGUGCUGUCCCCAGAGACACUGCUUCCUGAAUGGCUUAUAUCCAGGUAUCGCCCAAGGACCCAGGCCAGCUCUUUAUUCUUUUGAGAUAGGACGAGAGGUUCUUGUUAAGUGAUUAGAGCAGGAGUGGGAUAAGGACCGAGAUAUAUGAACUGCCAGAAUUGUGGCGACACCAGUGCCUGGGGGUGCUGGGGCCGAGCAGUUGGGAAGCCUAGCUGUGACCUUUCCCUUCGUGGUGAUGGGCAUCAGAAGUUUCCUCCCAGCAAACGACUCCCUCUGGGGAACCAAAGGAAGACAGUUUUCCUCUGUCUGAUAACUGGUACGACCAGUGUCCUUGUCACGUGUUACAUGUGCAUUACAAGGAACAAGGCAAGUCCUUGAACUCUGAGCGCACGUGGUCCCCACACUAACACCGGCUCUGGGCAAAGCAACCUUUUCCAGGCACCUGGGCCCUGGGCCCACAGCAGGCACAGAAGUGCUGUUCCAGGAGUUCACGAGGGCUGCGCCCAGUGUCGGAGCUACGGCCCCAAUAACCUGCUCACUAAUUGUAUGCUGUGUUCCUCCAGUGUUAACCUAUAGCCAUGUUAAGUCACCACAUUUAGGGUUUCUGUGUAUUUCCAUGGCAUCAAAGACCUUCCCAAGUCUCCUGAGCUGCCUUAUAUUAGUGCGUAUUUUUACUUUUCUUACAUUGUAAAGAAUAUAUCCAGUAUGUAAAUGAAUGUUCUAUAAAUCCUUUGUAUAGUCAUUUCUCUGCUUUUAAAUAUCAUCUUUAUUCAGAGUAUAAUAAAAUUAUAAGCUUGGUAAGCCUUGGCAGCAGGCAUUUGUUGCGUUAGAUGGACGUGCCCCAGAGGGUGUGUGUUGUGUCCAUGUACGUGUGUGCCUGUGUGUGUACACACACAUAUGUGUGUACGUGUGUCUGUACACGUCUUGUGUCCAAGUACUUGUGUACUUGUUUAUGUCUGUGUGUACAUUUGUGUCUAUGUGUGUGUGUCUGUUUAUUUGGGAGUUGGAAGGGGAUUGUUUAUGGAUCAGUGGAUUUAAUUAUCGAUUCACGUAUGUUUUGCCUUUAGUGAUGUGUUUUAAGAUUUCUGCCCAGAACUCUGAAAAAUUGUAUUGAGUGAUUUUAAUUCUACUGAAAUAGUGUUGAUCAGAGAUACUGGUACAUUUUCAAAGCUCAACCCCUAAUGGAACUUUGCAGGUGUCUAAACUGAGUUAGAUGCAGAACCCAAAAGAGGCAGGUCGGAUCACCUAUUUCAUCAAUAGAAGCUGGUGACAGACCCAACAUCACCCUCUUGGCUUUUCUGGGUUCUCGGGGUCACCACCAACCCGGCAGGUCAUCAUGCUGGCUUUCUGGCUUCUUGGGUCUGCCUGCCCCUCAUCAGGUGUUGGGGAUACAGGUAUCUGCCACCCUCAUUCCCUCUGCAUCCUAAAGAUGGAGCAGCUCUGUCAUGGUGGAACACAGAUGGCCACUUGAUGCACCCCAUCCAUGUCAGUGACACACUCAGCCCCCAGGGGUGGAUGUUGCUGGGCUGCACCAAGUGCUGCCUCACUCUCCUGCUGCUGCCCCAGUACAUGGCCACUGUGGGCAUCAGGUCAGAGACAGAUGCAUGCCAUUUGUGGAGCUGAGUCUUCAUGACACUUUCAGCUGCAGGCUGGGAAAGAAACAGAAUUUGGGCCCAUUUCCGUAAUGGACAUAUAGCUAACAUUUCAAAUAACUGCCUAUCCCCCACCUGCAGCUCUGCAUCAGACCUGGUGGACUUGUGCAGGCACUUCAUGUCCUCUCUGGUGAGACUCUUGGGUGUCCCUUUGUUAUCCUGCAUGCUGGGAAGGUAGAACUGAACUGGUCUUGGGUGCCAGGCACUAAAGUAUGCAGACAGUGGUGGGUUAAUGUGACUCCUGGUGGGCCCCAGCCUUGGCCUGUGGCAAGGGUAGAGGUGGGUGGGGCAUGGGUCCCAAGGGCAAAUGAGCACUCCUAUAUAGAACACAGUCUGAAUUUGUGUAGAAGUCUCUCCAGAAGACUGCCAGGAGACUCACGGACAAAGUGGUUGUGCUGCCUGACAGUCACAUCUGGGGUUCAACUCCUGCUCAUCAACCAGCGUCCAAACACUGAUGGCCUCUGUGCUCAGGGCUCCUGGACCAGUUAGUUGUGGAGCUCCAGGCCUCACAACUUGGGAGUAAUAGAUCUGUUAGUGAUGGGCCUGUGGGCUGCUCUUUGGGGACCCUGGAUCUAUUACAGAAGGGCAUUUUGUUUUGUCCAUUGGGGAACCUUGAGUGUGUACAUCCAAUGUGGCUUCUCGUCUGCCUAGAGUAUGUAAGGUAACCAGGGAUGUGGGAUGAGCCUCUCUUUGGUGUCUGGAAGAAGGGGUGACAUUUCAGGGCAGGGGUGAUAGUGCACAGCUGGAGUUCCCAGGUGAAUGGGGGCCUGGGGUCAUGCAGGGAAGUGAUAUUUCCUGAUACGGGGCUGCCUAUCUGGACACCUUUGGGAGACAGGGCUGUUGAAUGGUAACCAAAAAAGAUGGUCCAGAAUAAAAUGCCUUAAAGUUCCUGAGGCCUCAGAGGCAUCAGUGCUAAGCCUAGAUAGAGGCAACAAUAGGGCAGGGGUGGAUCCCCCUAAAGCCCACUCCCUGUAAAGGGUCGUCUGCCUAAAGGAGUCUGCAACAAUCUACCGGUGGAGGUGGGAGGGGUGGAGCAAUGCUGGCCAGGGUAUCCUGCCCCUGGGGCUGCACUGUGUCUCCCACAGCAAUGCCAAUCCAGGGAACCCUCUUCAAAGCUAUACUCCUUCCUUCUGGAGUUACCCUCUCCAUCAGGCAGCCUGUACCAGGAACCCCAGGAAUUGCCAAGUGCCAGAGACACCACCAUGCAGCCAAAUUAACAAGGAAUGUCUUUCAUAUUGAUCUGUCUGUUGAAGAACAGCUGGUAGCAGACCUGUAGCAGAUUCCACACCUAAACAGGUCACUGCUG